AUGCUGCCCAGCUCCAUCCAGAUUUCGGGGGAGCCGCUGUCAGGAGCCGAGGUGCGGGACAUCUGCCGCGGCCUGCGCGACAACGCCGUGCGCCUGCUCUCACUGCGCGGCUGCCGUCUCUGCGACCGCGACUUCGGCCGAAUCUGCCGGGCCCUAGCCGGGGCCACGUCCCUGGCGCAGCUCAACCUUAACCUGGGCGUCGUGUCCAGCCCCAGCCGCAUCAAGCAGCUGGCGGAGGCGCUGCGGACCAACCGCUCCAUCCAGUCCCUCUUCCUGCAUGGGAGCCCUCUGACAGACGCGGGGCUGGCCUUGUUGAAUCCAGCCCUGGCCCUCCACCCUGCCCUUGUGGCACUGGACCUGGGGGACUGCAUGCUGGGUGAUGAAGCCAUCAACCUCAUCUGUGGCCUCCUCCCGCCUGACGGGGCCAAGUCCGGCUUGAAGGAGCUGACACUGAGCGCUAACCCCGGCAUAACCCCUAAGGGCUGGAGCCGCCUCGCCAUUGCCGUGGCCCACAGCUCCCAGGUCCGCGUGCUCAAUCUGGACUACAAUCCCCUGGGUGACCACGUGGCAGGGAUGCUGGCUGUAGCUGUGGCCUCCAGCCGCACCUUAGAGGUCCUAGACUUGGAGGGCACAGGGCUCACCAACCAGUCAGCGCAGACCCUGCUGGAUAUGGUAGAAAAUUACCCUACAGCUCUGCGGAGUCUGGUGUUGGCCGAGAACAGCAUUAGCCCGGAGCUGCAGCAGCAGAUCUGCGACCUCCUCUCUGAGGGGGAGGAGGAGGAGGAGGAGGUGGCAGGAGGGCCUGGCGACACCCAGGAACGAGAGCGAGCACGGCAGCCUGCUGCCCACCAGAGGGGCAGCAGCUCCUGGACAGGUCCCAGUGAUCCCAGCUCUCAGAUGGUGCUUAUGACAUCAGGACUAGGGGACAGUCUGUUGGCUGAGACUGAGAUGUGACUCUCCGUUUCUGCGCAUCAUUACAUUUGUGUCUCCAGCACUUUGCCCCAGAUGUCAGGGUCAGACCCUGGGGCUUGUGGAUAGGGGGUGGUGCCUGGGGCUCUGGCAGCUCCUGGUGGUGUGGUGGGAGGCUCUGGAGGCUGUGACUCAACAAAAUCCUCGGGAGCACUGGAACCCAAGGCAGUGCCUCUGGACUUGUUGGCAGCUCUGGCUGCAGCCCGCUGGCUCGGAAGAGAUUUUAUGAACUCUA